CAGGCGGAUUUUGGCUUUCUUUUUAAUGUUCCCUUAAAGUACACUUAAAUUAAAGCACAAGUCUCAACUGUCACUCGGCAACGAGUCUUAAAUUGUGGUGAAUAUUGAGACAGAAGUAUUUUGAUUUUUUACCUAAAUUUUAAAAAAAAUCAAGUAAAUGUUAAGAAUCUAAUAAUAAAUCAGAGGCUUUGCAAGGAUUUUUUGUACGUGAAAACUACCUAACCCAGUUUUUUCCUCAAUUGAGUUACGUCAGCAUUAAAAAGCGCUAAUUAAAGCGAAACAAUGCAUAAACGGCCCAUUUUUGGGGACAACCAGCUAAUGACGACUAUUUUUCAUAACUACUCGGCUUCGGAAAGUGAUGAGCACUGCGAUGAUCUCGGCGAGAAACUCGCCCAAGAGCAACGUUUCGCCUACAACACUCUCCCUUUUGUGUUUGAGCUGUUGGACACAUUUUCGCUGAUGCGAUGUGGGCAAGUUUGCAAGUUGUGGCAUGAUCUGGUGUGCGAUUGGAGGCUCUGGCGCUCCAUCGAGUUGUACGGUUGCAAAGUCAGUUUCCCCAAAAUGAUGAACGCUUAUAAAGACCGCAGCAUUGUCGCCUUGAAACUGAUUGACUGCAAGCUGAAGAAGCAAGGACCCAAGGACAAUUUGUGGGAGUUUCUUGGAGGGAACCGAGAGCUGAAGGUGUUGGAAGUGAGUGAUUGUCCCUCCCAGCUGAUAAAGAUGCUGCCGAACCAGAACCGAUGUCUGGAGACGGUUAGGGUUAGUCUUGUAUGCUGCGCAACUGGCAUGAAGCUGAACCUGGACCUAAUUUUUCUACUGCCUAGACUGCUCGAGUUGAAGCUUUAUUGCAACAGGGAGUUGGACAAUUUCCACGGCCUGUUCGGCAACUUGGGCAACUUGAGACACCUCUAUUUGUUGGGGGUGAAAAAUCUGGAUCUACAGCUUCUUCACACCGUGCAAAUACCGAAAUCCUGCAGACUGGAGUCCUUGGGGUUGGGCGAUUGCCAGUUAUUGGCCAACAGUUUCGGCCAGUUCCUCCAAGCUCUGCCGGCAUUGAAGCGACUUCGACUGGAGCGGUGCUCGGAAUGGCAGGCCUUUGUAGUCUUGGAGAGUAUCAGCAAAUGCGCCCAGUUGGAAACGCUGGAGCUGCUGGACUUUAACAUUAACAAACAGUUCGAGAUCGGGCUGAGGCUGUGCACCAACUUGAAGCAACUGACUGUUAUUCCCAAUCCCCAUCGGUUUCAAAUGGGCGCGUUUAAUGCACGAGUGUUUCGAGGAUCGUGCGGCCUGAAGCGCACGCUCAAAAAGUUCACUUGGGGGUUUUCCAGGAAGUACAUGGACUAUUUCUUCAGAAUGUACAAAACUGUGAACCGAGUGCCCUUUAGUGAUGGAGACGAAAUCUCCAAUGCGUCUGAGCUGAUUUUGCUCGAAGAUCUGGAGGAUCGGCUGCAAGCCGAGAUGAAAGCCACCCAGAUUGUUGUGACUACGUCGAUAACGUCUGGGGACGUUUUUUCUAUACGUCCAUAAUCAUAGACGACGAGUUCGCAGCAGGGGCGGAUCCAGCUUUAAAGUCAGGGGGGGGGUUAUGUAGAAAAAUACAGUCUUCUGUUAUCUAUGAAAUUAGAAAAAUGAUCGUUGUUAAUUUAAUUUUUAAUUUUUCGAGUCAGAAAUYAUUCYAUUCAAAGUSUUUCUGCCCAGUAUCGGGCUACGUCUAUGGCAUUUUCAUUUGCAAUUCACAGAGGCGCUGUUGGUCUUCCUCAGUUUUCCACUUCAGGUUGUUUGUUUUUACGGGUGCCACGCCAGUUCGUAUUCUGUUCAGCGUUCUCCAUGUCUUCCAGUCCAAAUUUGACCCUGCACAGGGGCUUUCGUUGAUAGGGAAUUUGUCGAUUUGUCGAGGGAUUUUUUAGUUGGAAAAUCCACUUGAACAUAACGCUGCUUUUUUCGAAGUUUCUCAAGAACCAUUCGAGCCAGAGAAUCCGUUUUGGCAUCGUUGGAUAGAGAAUUGAAUGGGGGGGUUAUGACUCCCAUGACCACCCCCCUGGAUCCGCCCUUGGUUCGCAGAUUUUGUUUUCCGUACAUUAUAUGUGUUUAUGUUCCAAUAAGAGGAAUCAAAUUUGUUCGUCUAAAUUAAAAAUGGAUUUGUUUCCAACAGAUUUCUUUA